AUGGACAAUUACGAGAAAGUCCGAUCGUCUUCACAGUCUCCUCGGUCUCCGCUCUCGCCAGGUUCUUCCCGCUUUGAUACUCGUCCCCAAUGGCGACAAAAUCGAGUUUGCUAUGUCCUUGAAGGCCUUGGCACUUUGGUCGUGCUUCGCCUACGAUCGUUGAUUAUCAUUGCGCUGCUUCUCAUCAUCACGUCUGGUGUCCUCACCCUGAAACCAUUGCCUUCUAAAUACACCACCAUUCCCGCCAACACCACCUGGGCCAGCGAUGAAGCCUCUAAACCCUACAAACCGAUCGCCCCACCAGACCACCCCCUUCACAUCCUGAUACCUGCAACAAAACAGGAUAUCAAUCUGUGCAAACUCCUGUUCUCCGGCUCCAUCCUCGGCUACCCCACUCCAGUCAUCACAGGAUGGGGAGAAGACUUGGACGAGAGUCAACGAAAGGGGAUGACAGGGGGUGGAAGUCAUCUACUGAAGAUAUCUCGAGUUCUCGAAUACCUGGGCAACCUCGGGACGGAGCACGAUCAGGACCUUGUAUUGAUGAUGGAUGGCUACGAUAUCUGGUUUCAGCUUCACAAAGAUCUCCUCAUAGAACGCUAUUACCAGAUCAACGCUGAAGCCAACAAACAAAUCAAAAAGCGGAUGGGCAGAGCUGCUAAGAUCGCAGGCAUACAGCAGACCAUUAUUUUCGGCGCCGGCAAACGGUGCUGGCCCAACGAGAUUCACACAGUAGCGUGCUGGCCACUUCCACCAUCACCUCUGCCCGACGACAUGUUUGAUGGCAAUACCGACAAUCCAGUCGGAUCCCGCCCAAACCCAUGGUCUACCACUCGCCAGAAAUUUCUCAAUUCGGGUCUCAUCAUGGGUCCUGUCGCUGAUAUGCGAGCCGUGUUCGCCCGCGCCGAAGAGAUAGUGGAAAAGUUGGGUGACGACCCAGAACCGGACGACAACGGUAGCGAAUGGAGCCAGAAGGUCUACCACAAUAGCGACCAAUCCGUCUUCAACAUGAUCUUUGGCGAGCAAGAAUACCAGCGGGAGGUCAUCCGAGUUCGUCACAUCUCAUGGCUCUUCAAUCCCAUCCAAAAGCUCCAGCAAUUCUUCGGGAAAGACCUGUCAGAUACCGACUGGGUCUUGGAGGGCACGCGGAUCAAGAAUAUCCUGAACCCACCGUGGAAACACAUGGAGGUAGAGCACCUCGAUGGAAAGCCCCUUGAGUUCAGCAUAGGCCUUGAUUACUGGUCUGACAUAACCUUCCAAACCGCAAAUUCGGAGCGUAAUGGCGGAUGGAUGAGCUACAACCAAUCCCUCGAACCACAAGUCCAGCACUGGGAUCGCUGGGACUGCAAACCCCAUCUGCGCCCUCUGCCUGCGGAUGUGAUGAGUUCGCAGCCACCCUUCUUCAAUCAGGGAAACGACAACCGCGCUCUCUCAGUCAACGCAAGCUGGAAUGAUGUUCCCCUUUACACCCAUUACUGUGACGGUGUUGUACCGGUCAUGCUACAUCACAACGGUGACAAAGCCUCGAGAAGCAACAGGUGGCAUAAGAUGUGGUACUACCCGUAUGCGGAGGCUAUGUUCCGGGCACAGGAACCGAGACAAGUGGAAUCGCUUGUGAUGGGGAAGGUCGGCAAGGAGUCGGUGGGGCCGGGAAGUGCAUUCAAUGAUAAGGGUGAAAUUGUGGAGUUUGAGAAGGCUUGUCAAGGCUGGGACUUUCACUGA